UUUUUCAACCAUCUAAAUAGAUACACACCUGUGCUACCUGGGCUUCCUGUCUAUCAAGAUGACCCUAAAAUCCGAGAACACUGGAGUCCAAUACAAUACUUUUCGCAGUACAUUGAUGACAAAAUCUUUGAAGAUUUGGCAGCUUUUACAAACCAAAGACAGCUGCAAACUACAGGAGUGUCACUAAAUACUACUGCCCAAGAAAUCAAGAUUUUCUUUGGUAUAUCAGUACACAUGGCCUGCCUUGGCUAUCCCAGAGUGAAAAUGUUUUGGGCCAAAAAAACUGAAGUGCCAGUUAUUAGCAAGAAAAUGACAAGGGARAGGUUCUACAAGCUGAGAAGCUCACUCAAGAUUGUUGAUGAUCUGAAUGUAGGAGAAGAAACAAAGGAGUCAGACAUUCUUUGGAGAGCCAGACCAUUGCUUGACCGUGUGAAGCAAGGCUGUCUCAGCCUUCCAAGGUAUAACAAGGUCUGCAUUGAUGAGCAAAUCAUCCCUUUCACAGGYCGCUGUCCAGUCAGGCAAUAUGUCCCUGGCAAGCCAAAUCCUACUGGCCUAAAAGUCUUUGUCCUUGCCUCUCCAAAUGGCUUGGUGUUGGAUUUUGAGGUGUACCAAGGGYAAAAUACAUUCAGGGGCCCACGGUUGGGAGUUGGAGCUUCAGCAGUUUUGCGACUGGUUGAAUCUGUUCCUACAGGAACUUGUGUAUUCUUUGAUCGAUAUUUCACAACUAUCGAUCUCAUGGAUGCUUUGCUUGCAAAGGGUCUUCCAGCAACUGGAACAAUAAUGAAGAACCGAGUACCAAAGGCAUGUCAGCUACCAGGAGACAAGCAGUUACGAAAAGAAGGGAGAGGAGCAUCUGUGACGGUUGUCCGGAGGAGGCCAGAGCUGGCAGUCACCAAAUGGUUUGACAAUAAAUCAGUUCUGAUGGCUUCCACUGUGUAUGGGAAAMAUCCAGAAGAACCUUUCAGAAUAAAACAGUUUAUCUCUUCCCUCCUGGCCUCCAACCGACAAACAGCAACAUGACGUCAUCCUCAGCUGUGGUCA